UCAAUUUUAUGUGAUUAUUUGCAGUGCUGAGUUGUAUCCAGUGGAUAGUCUUCUACCUCUGUGUCUCUAAUGAGGUUGUGUCUGCAGGUCGUGGUAUCUUCACUUUAGCUGUUUUCAAUCAAGGAGACUUUGUGGUGGAGUAUAGAGGGGAGCUCAUUGAUGCAGCUGAAGCUGAACAUAGACGUAAACUGUACCACAAUGAAUGUUCGGUCUUCAUGUUUGACUUCAUAUGGAAGCGGAAGACAUGGUGGUAGGUUCAGAAUGACUAAUAUGUUUAGAUUUCUAUAGUGAGAAGUCAGGAUUUCUGAAGUAAAGAUCUCAUGUUGCUCUUUAAACUAUGCAUCGAACAACUAUACUUGUAUUGGAUGUUGGCAUUAGUGUAGUUGCUUACAAAUUAAAGUACAAUUCAAAAGCGUGUCACUAUAAACGUCUGUUUAGUGCAUGAUGUUUGUAAAUUUGCAGUAUUGAUGGAGCACUUGAAGAUGGGUCAUUUGGGCGACUGGUAAACGAUGAGCACAAGGCACCAAAUUGCAGAAUGAAGUUGAUCGAAACAGAAGGGAAGCCACAUCUCUGCCUUUUUGCACUGAAGGAAAUUACAGCAGGAACUGAAAUCACUUAUGACUAUGGUGGGAAAGAAUGGCCCUGGCGUAAAGAGAUUCCCCCUACUGUUACAAGCACUGCUGCCCAAGAGUCUAUUAAAGACCGUUUCCAAGACCAAGCCAUGUCAUCCACAGUCUCUAUUGAAGAGACCAGAGAGAGACCAGAAGUCCAGUCCUGCAAUAUAACAUCAGGCAGUUCUGCUUGUGAGACACAGCUCAGUGGUGCAAGCAUCCCUUCUGGCCAACACUCCGUUGCAGAGCUUGGUGACCACGCCCAUGACUUGGAACCCAAUGUUUUCUCUACAGACUUAUUCAGAGACACCGAAUUGAGAGCAGAGUGUCAGUCAUCCAGUCCCACACCAGACAGCCCUGAGCAUGAGGUGCAUUGUGUCAGAGGUCAAUGUGACACUUCUUCUGCGAAAGAGGGGAUUGGAGAAGUUGGUGUCCAGCACCAGGAGGUGUCACCCCCUGUGUUCUCAACAGACCUUACCAGUGAGACCGAAUCGAGAUCAGCGUGUCAAUCAUCCAGAGCCGCGCCAAACGACUCUGCUUGUGAGCAAAAUAGUGCAAGCAUCCCUUCUGGCCAACACUCCGUUGCAGAGCUUGGUGACCACGCCCAUGACUUGGAACCCAAUGUUUUCUCUACAGACUUAUUCAGAGACACCGAAUUGAGAGCAGAGUGUCAGUCAUCCAGUCCCACACCAGACAGCCCUGAGCAUGAGGUGCAUUGUGUCAGAGGUCAAUGUGACACUUCUUCUGCGAAAGAGGGGAUUGGAGAAGUUGGUGUCCAGCACCAGGAGGUGUCACCCCCUGUGUUCUCAACAGACCUUUCCAGUGAGACCGAAUCGAGAUCAGCGUGUCAAUCAUCCAGAGCCGCGCCAAACGACUCUGCUUGUGAGUGUACAAUCCAUAAGCUGGUUUUUGAAUCAGUGAGAAUUGAUAAAUGCUGGAUAUGCCAUUCACCUUUGACAUCUAUCAGAUGGCACGGUGUAAGAUGCAAACAAUGCUGUGGUGUGUGGCAUAAAAUCUGCCUCCAGAAAUCCUCAGAAGACUGGGAUAUAUCAGAUGUAAGUGUACAUUGA